AUGGCGGAUCCUCUAUCGAUCGCUGCGAGUAUCGCGGGUCUUGUAGGCCUUGCCGACAUUGUCUUCGCCCGCUUGGUGAAGUUCGGGCGAUCUGUCAAGAAUGCAGAAGAGGAGAUUCGACACCUCGCUCAGGAGAUCAAUCUCCUUGGAGGAGCCCUGAACAGCCUCGAACGACCAGCACAGGUCCUGAAAGACGAUGCUUUCGACACAAACCUACGAAUGCACAAUAUCGACGACUGCAGGGAGACUUUGAAAGAGAUAAAUAGGAAGCUGGAAAAGCUGGAGGCCACUUCUAGUUUGAUGAAGCAGAAGCUCAUGUGGCCAUUUACCAAAGACCGUGUGAAGGAAUGGCUCGACGAUCUGUCCAAACACAAAGAAAACAUCAACCUAGCGCUUUCCGCCAAUUCCCUGGAUGCCAUGCUACGAGUUUUGUCCCAGGAAGGCCAUCACGCCACAGAGAUUCUGGCCGAGAUCAAGGAAACGCGGAAGAUCACUAGUCGAAUCCACCAAGACUCCGAACGACUUAAGGUCUUGAAUUUCUUCUUGAAGUACAACCCACAGAAGAACUACGACAUGAGCAUACGCCUGCGACAGUCGGGAACCGGAAUCUGGCUUCAAAAGCUCCAAGACUUUCAGCAUUGGUUAUCUGAACCCGGCUCUAAGUUGUGGCUCAAGGGCAUCCCCGGAGCGGGCAAGACUGUACUUGCGGGCUCAAUCAUUGAGUCAGCUCUGAAAAGAAGCACUGAAGCUAUUCCGUCUGCUUUCUUCUUUUGCGAUUAUAAGGAAGCAGACACUCACACGAUUGAGAUCAUCUUGGGCGCCUUAGUUUAUCAACUUUCUAUUCAAAAAGAAGACGCCUAUACAAUGCUUGAACGAUACUACGACGAGUUACAUCCCAUCAACGGCCUUCCAAAACAACCCACUAGAAAGGCCCUGCAAAAGUUGUUGAGGAGGAUACUAGAGUUGUUCGAUCACACUUAUCUCGUAGUUGAUGGCCUCGACGAAUGUGGCAAAUUAACUGACGAAGUAGUAGAGUGUCUGUUUGACAUCUCGGAGGACGCUGAUGAUGUUUCAAUUGCCCUCCUCAGUAGAGACGAGGAUGAAAUUCGAAGCCGACUAGAGGGCAGCUUUACCCCUAUCGAGAUUGCAGCGCACAAGGAAGAUAUUACCGAGUAUGUCACGGCUGAAAUUGAGGAGAGAAUCCGGUCCAGAAGGUUGCGCAUAGGCAACCUACAUCUCAAGGGAGAGAUCCUCCAGGGGCUGAUAAACGGCGCCAAGGGCAUGUUCCGAUGGGUAGCCUGUCAGCUGGACCAUCUUGGAGAGUGCGAUUCAGAUCAACAAUGCCGAGACGCCCUAAAGUCGCUGCCCCCGACCCUCGACGAGACCUACGAGCGAAUCCUCAGAAGAGUGCCUAAGAGCAAGCAAACCCUAACGGAACUAGCUCUUAAUUGCAUUGCUCACGCCUCUCCAAAGCUCACCACCCACCAACUACAAGAGAUACUGUCAGUUCCAGGGCCUGGGGAAUCGCUUAAUGCCGGGGCCAUCAUUCGAGAACAGUCUAUUACCCGAUAUUGUAGUAGCCUCAUUCGAAAGUCCACGGAUGGCCUCUCUCUGGAGUUUUCUCAUUUUUCAGUGCUGGAAUUCCUUGAGAAGGCCCCCUCGCAGCAACUGGGAUUCGAGUGGAUCCGUGUCUCAAAACCUCGGGCGUAUGCUUUGUUGGCAGUCCAGUGCCUCAAAUUCAUCCAGCUCCAGAAUUUCCACCAACCCAAAAUCGAGGCAGACACGGAAGGAGACGAAAUUCAGUCCAGAAACCGCCUUCAUCCGUUGUACUCGCAUGCCUCUACGUAUUGGCCCGACUAUGCAAGGGGAGAGUGGGAGAACGAGACGGCCUUCGACCUGGCGGCCUCCCUCUUCCACCCCUCCAAAACCUGUUACUUCACUUCAUGGGCAAUUCAUCUCGCCAGAGCAACAGGACCCAGCCCGAGAGUAAGUGUCGAGAAAACCGUUUCGCUCAUGAUCGACCCCGACUUUACCCCUCUGCAUAUGGCAGCGGCUCUUUCCCCGCCCCGGGUUUGCGCCUUCUUGAUGAGACACGGGCUCAGGGUAAAUCUUGAAAGUCCCAUGGGCCGACCACUGCAAUGCGAGGUCGAAACCCUGCAAGUCGGAUACUCCCUGUGGGCAACGGGCUCCCUGGAUGGGGUAUCCAUCGUCCAAGAUAACCGACAAGAUCAUAUUGCCACUGCAGAUACCAUCAGGUGCCUAUGCCGAGAGGGGGCACCCCUAAAUCUUCAGUGCUGCAAUCCAUUCUCUGGCAUGAGCCUGGUGCAGCUAUCUCUCGACGCAUUCGGAAGAUCGAAUACUUUUCAGGUCACGAUGGCUCUCAUUAGAGAGGGAGCACGUCUUGAACAGACUGACAGUCUUAUCGUGCAACGCCACAUAGAAGACCUCGAUCUUCAGGAAUACGAGGCCGAAGUUCGGGCAUUUCUUGAAUUCCUUGGAAGUUGCUCUAACCAAUCAACCGCAUACCAUCAAAUGAGCGCUGUUCUAUGGAAGCGUGCAGUUGCUUGCAACCUCGAAUUCACCAGGAACCCCACGAUCAUUGACACCAAGCUUUCCCUCACGAAUGAUGAGCUUGAAAAACAUGCCGUAGGAGCAGUCACUGUAGCAAAUACCCUGGUCCUGGAAAAAAUACUUUGCGAUCCACGUCUCAAAGUUGCGUCUAUUGUGAAUGACGACGGGGAUUCACUGCUACAUCUAGCUCUGCGUAGCUGCCGUGGAGCAGAGAUAACGACUCUACACGUAGAGGUCGUCAAAAAGCUUCUUGAGGCAGGAUGUGACGUCAAAAUGACCAACAAGAAGGGAAUUGACCCAUUACAGAGUUGGGACUGGUCGACUGAUGAUAUGGAAAAUCCCGCUACCAGCAAGUUGGAAUCAUUUGAUGCAGUAGCUCAUUUACUCGCAGAUCAUGACAGACGUACUGCUUUGCACCUGCAUAUAGCUGAGCCCUUCCGACUGCGUGCCAUGCUCAAGUAUCAGCCAACAGAGAGCGUUGAGAAAGCAAUGGAGACGAUGGACAAUGAUGGUUACACUCCACUGACUCUAUCCCUGUGGAAAAUGCUGGCACGGUCGGCUUCGAUUCUUCUCGCCCAGCAAACCAGAAUCACGGCGAAGAUGACUCAAAGUCCAAUCGCAGCACUAUCACUCGCUGUGAGGGCAGGUGAUGAAACGUCCUUCGAUGCUCUGCUGCAAUCCGGAAUCAGCUUCAGUUUUGAGGAUACCGAAACUCUUUUGCAUCAUCUCGGCCCCCAGACAUCAUUACAUCUUGUCCGUCGACUGAAGGCUUUGUAUCCAGAGUCUUCUGGACAUCGCUUCAAUAGCCACACGCCACUCGAAUCCUACCUGAUAUGCUGUCUUGAAACCAGCGGAGUCAGGGGCAUCAAUGACUCAAUCAUAGACGAACUAGCCAUAUUGGACAGCUUCGAGAGCGAGUUCAGCAAGGCGAUGACGUGGGAGUGCUUUAUGUCCCGAAUACUGAGCAGCACCUUGCAUUUGCCCAGAUCAUGGACCGGCAUUCGCGAAGAUUUGGCUGAAAAGGAUGAUAGACAGGUCAUUAGCGAGAACGCAAGCACCGAUCUGAUACGGCUUGGGUAUUUGAAAUCCUUCGAGUCUUGCUUCGGGAAGUCCGGAAUUAUUCCUCUCAUGCACCCAUUCAGCACUUUGAAGGAACUUUCGAAACCUUGGUCUCGAUUAAAAGACUUAGUUUCCGAAGUCCUCCCUCAUUCAUACAACUUUAGAAACGCCAAGUUGCUGCUUCAAAACGGAGUCAGCGUUCAUCAACGUGUCGAUGGACUGUCUGCUCUGGAAAGCUUUGUCAAAACCCCAAGAUUGGACGGUCUUAUGCAUGCGUGUAGCGCCAAGUCAGAGGACACUGAUGACGAGGAAAAUUAUUGCGCGAAGAGAAUGCUUGAUCUUCUGCUCCACCAUUCCGACAAAGCACGCAUCAACGAGGUUAUUCCAGAUGGUAGUGGGCUUGCGCUCAUCCAUUUGCCGAAUGCGUGGGGUGCGGAGUGGGUUAUUGAGAAGAUCGUGGAUCACGGCGCAAAUCCGAAUCUCCGUGUAGACAAGCAUCCCUACAGACCUGCGGCCGUCUACCAAUUUUUCGAACACUGGUGGUACUCUGGAUACGUCAAACCCAUUCUCAAAAAAGGAGCUGACCCAACGCUGACCGACGACUUCGGGUUUGACACAGCCUUGAUAGCUGCAAUGUGUCGAGCAGUACCAGUAUUAACUGAGAUCUACGACGAUAUCAAACAAGGCGCCAAAAAGGACUGGCACGAUAGAAUAGACUGGUGCAAAAAGUGUAGUCUUUUUGUCGACUUGGAGAAUAUGUCCCUACUCUGCAAGGGAGUCACUGCACUACAUCUUGGGGCCCUGUGCCAGUCUACCGACGUGUUAUGCUUCUACAAUGACCACAAACUCAUGGAGGAUCUUGAGGUGAGGUCCGACGAAGGCUUUACGCCGCUGCACUUCGCAGCAUCACAGGGCCGCGUCAGUAAUAUCAAAUACUUGUCCGCUCUUGGCUGCGAUAUCGACGCUCGUGGCAAAGAUGGAAGCUCCCCCCUUCACCUUGCUGCAAGAAGCAACAAGAUAGAGGCCUGCCGAGUGCUCAUCAAAGCAGGAUGCAAGUCGUUUGAGAAUUCGGUCGGGAUGACGCCUGCGCUUUAUGCACGCCAAGCCAGCAAUGAGGAGCUUGCGAAUUUGCUUGACACUGUCAAGUCGGGUUCUAGCGUUACACAUGCUGAGAUCGAGCGACGUCGAAAAAGAUCGUUGGCCUUAUCUUUCAAAAUUGCAAUUGAAAAGGACGAUUUGACGAUGUGUAAAUACUUACAUACCAAGAGGUGCGAUCUCGCGACUUAUCUCAACGACUGUGCUAGCGGCUCACUACUGGUACAAGCCGUAAAACAGAAACGGAUCGCGAUCAUUGAGUGGAUGUUGCAGCAAAGUGUCUCAAUGACCACUGCAGUGAAUGGCUCCACGCCCGUUGAGUUAGCAAUUCACCUGGUGCUCAAGGACGCCGAAUUGGUGGACGUAUUGCCGGCCAGUCUAGAGAACUAUACAAAAAACGGAGGGAGGUUUUUAGGAGAGACCCCAAACUUGGUUUCAACAGCCGUGCGCAACAGAAACAUCAAGGGAUUGGGGGUUCUCAUCCAAUACGUGAAGGAUAAUCAGAACUACUGCGGGUCAGUAUUAAAGGUUGAGUUAAGUUGUCAUGCACAACGACUAACUUCCACAUGCAGGAAACUUUGGUCUAUACAUCCUGAUAGAGUUAUUUCUUCUCUGGUGAACGAGGCUGAAGCGUCAACUGGAUUGACACCUCUGCACAUAGCAGCAGACUGGGGGGCCUUGGGAGCUGUCCAGGUAUUACUAGAGUUCGGAGCUGAUAUCAACGCUGAGUCUAAGUGGCUCAACACACCGCUGUAUCACGCCAUCACUCCAUUCAACAACACUGACGAAGCCGUUGCUUUGCAUCUAAUUCAAGGAGGUGCAGAUCUCGAAAGGCGCAAUGUCUGGUACGAAACUCCAGCCAUAACGGCAGCGAAAUUCUGGCGCAAACAGACAUUGAUGACGCUGGUCAAAGCGGAUGUUGAUAUCAAUGCAUCAAACAACAAUUUAGAAUCACCAGCGCACUGGACAGCAAAAAGGGGCAACGUGGUGGCGUUCGCGGACCUCAUGCAUCGAGGGGUAGACCCUUAUAGGAGAUACGGACUACAAGAGCUUCAGAAGUUCGCAAAUCUUGUGCCCAGCGGCAGUCAAGCACCUCUCUGCAAAGGGGCUAGACUUGGAGCAGUCCUGUUCAUGGAAAACCUCCUGGAGCUUGGUGCCCCCAUAGACCUCGAAGGUUGUCCUUCUGGCUCAGCCCUGAUGGCAGCUUGCGAAUUCGGACGAAAAGAAUCGGUCGAAUACCUCGUUCGUCGCGGGGCCGUACUUUCGUACAAUGGAGCCAAUGGUUUUCAGUCAGCAAUCAAGUCGGCGAAAGGAAAUGAGAAAAUUCUGAGGUGGCUGCUGGUCGAUCGGUUCAUUGAUCAACAGAAGCUCACAGACGGUUGCGAU